AUGUCGUCUUCCAAUCUCUCAUCAACUGAAGUCGCUGUUUACACCGUCUCUCCGUUUGAAGGGAAAACAUCCCAACACGUUGAUCUGCGUCUCUACCGGUCAUCUAGUCGGCUGCUUGUUGGCUCUAGCUGGAGAUAUACUCAUCAGUAUAACAACUGGAGAUCGAAGGUGACCGGUUGCAAGGCUUACAAAGACACAGAAGUAAAACAGAAAUAUUGGUGGUUAAUACUUAUUCCCAUGAUUCUAGGAGAGCUCGGAAACUCCUUUGCGCUUGCGUUUUGUGACAUCUCUCUGGUUGUUCCGCUCAGAUCGACCAUUGCAGUUGGUAUCGUAACUGUUUUUAUAGCUUCAUUUCUUCUUAUAGCGUUUUCUUCACCAAUAAGCAUUAUAGCGAGUGGUGAAAGUCUCUUCGACUGCUUCUUUUCUACUUCUUCCUUUGUGUAUAUGGGUGUCGUUACUGUCGGUUUGGGUGUGCUGUCGCUGAUUUAUGCUAAUAGCAUGUGGAUACAUCCAGUGCUCGUGAUAACCUUAGCGGCAAUUUUGGGUUCACUGGCUGUAGUAUUUAUCAAAAUCGUUUCGUCUCUGCUCGUCUUGACUCUAGUCGGGUUCAAUCAACUGGCAAAUGGAAUCUCCUACCUCGCCGUUUUUGUCCUCAUCGUAAUUCUGACAUGCCAAAUGAAAUUGUUUAACAAAAUUGUUCAUCUGUUUCAAUCGCCAGAGAUAAUGUUCGUCAACUGUGUUGUCUUUACGAUUGCAUCUUCUGUUGGAGGAAUAUGUGUGUAUCAAGAGCUCAACCAGUUUAGUUUUAUUCAAGUACUCGUGUACAUGUUUGGGUUUGCAUUGAGUUUGUGUGGCGUGUAUUGCACUAGCAUUGAUGGCAGACAUGCGAGACGUGAACUUGUCUCGUCCAUCAAACUUCAACAUUCAGCUUUGUUGGCACUAAUGGAAAAACCUACGGAAGUGACACCUCAGCCGCCUGAUGACACACAGCAUCUGUAUCUCAACGAGUUUUUAACUUAAACUAUGCCAAUGGCGACUAUACAUACAAUAAGAUUAAUUUAAUUAGUCAAUUAGCUUAGCUAAUUAGCUAAUAAUAAUUAGCUAAAGUUAGAAUGCCGUGAUUUGCAAUUUUAGUUAGAUGUGUACAGUAUACAAUGCAUAUGUACAGGUAUAGCCGUUGAAGCAGAUAGUAAUAAUUGCAUUUGCUUUGGCUUUGUACAUGGUAGCUAUAGUGUCA